AUGACAAUCACAAGACUCGCAAUCCUCAUCCUCGCCAGCUUGAUGGUAUCACCCAUCACAGCUAGCCCCGUCGACCCAAAGGCUUCCAGCGGCGGCAGCCAAGCUCUCAGUUCCUCCGAUGUGGCCGUCAACACCCCCAACGGCCUCCGGAUCAUGAGCCAGAGCGCAUACAUCAGCAUGCUCCAGGAAAGCGGCGUCCAGAUCGGCGCGCCACCUCCGGUCCAGGAGGGCCUUGUCACCUACAAGGGCGAAGAGCUGGCCAAGCUGGCGGCCGCCGAAGCCGCGCAAAAGAGAGACGAGGCUGCUCUUGCUCGUCCUCCUCCUCCCGCGGGCACGCUAUCGAGCCGGGGCAAAUGCGACAGCACCACGUCGGUGGUCAUCGACAACACCACCACCUUUGUCGACUGGGACGCGCAGAUGUCGCCCGUGGUGUGCGCGCAGGGCAACAUGAUGGUGGCGGUGGCCGCCGGCUACAUGGUCAGUAACUCGAUCGGCGUCAACGCGGGAGUCAUGCCCACCAUCGUCAAGGACGUGCUCAGUGGCUCCCUCAACAUCGACUACACGAAGUCCUGGACGACCUCGUCCGUCAUCACCACCACCGGCACCGUCACGGACAAGAACUGCGGCGUCAUGAUCACCCGCCCCAUCAUCACCAGGCGCCUCGGCCGCAUCUUCAAGGGCUGCCUCGGCAACCUGGAACAAAUCGGCGUCUUCCAGGCCGACAGCCACAAUGAGAUCAAGAUCAGCGGCAUGAAGUGGGUUGAAGGCGCAAUCUCCAUGUGCAUGAAGCCCGGUGAAAGCCCACCUCUGAGCCGUUGCUCUGGGGAAGGCAACUUCAUCUAG